UGCGAUCUGCUCUGCCGUCCUCUGCCGCUGGGUCGCUGAUGAUGCCGCUCGGAGCGCGGCGCUUGUACGCUUCAGUGUGCGGCUGCCACCGCAGUUCCCAACAGUGAAGUCGAAUGAGACGGGAGGAGAGGAGCUUGAAAUACGAUGAUGAUGGAUCGUCCGGGCAGUUUCUCAUCGCUCGGGCAGCUGUAACGUGUGGAUUCAUCAAAGAGUCGACGUUUAGGGCUUCGCUUUGUUUGACAUACGGCCAGCGACAGGAUGAUCGAGGAAGGCAGUAAACGAGGCAAGGCCAUGGUGGAGAAGCGACAGCUCUUCAUGGAAAUGAGAGCUCAAAACUUCGACGUAAUCAGACUGUCGACUUACAGGACGGCCUGCAAGCUCCGGUUUGUGCAAAAGAGAUGCAACCUUCAUCUGGUGGAUGUCUGGAACAUGAUCGAAGCCUUUCGUGACAACGGGCUCAACACAUUGGACCACAAUGCCGAGAUCAAUGUGUCGCGGCUGGAGACCAUCCUGUCUUCCAUCUACUACCAGCUCAACAAGCGGCUGCCCACCACCCACCAGAUCAAUGUGGAGCAGUCCAUCGGGCUGCUGCUCAACUUCAUGGUGGCCACGUACGACAGUGAAAGCCAUGGGAAACUGACAGUUUUCUCCAUGAAAGCCAUGCUGGCAACAAUGUGUGGAGGGAAAAUAGUGGACAAACUACGCUAUAUUUUCUCGCAGAUCUCUGACUCGAGUGGAGCAAUGAUGUUUGCAAAGUUCGAUCAGUUCCUGCGGGAGGUGCUGAAGCUUCCCACAGCCGUGUUCGAGGGUCCUUCCUUUGGCUACACGGAGCAUUCGGUGCGGACGUGCUUCCCUCAGCAGAAGAAGAUCAUGCUGAACACAUUUUUGGAUGUAUUGAUGGCAGAUCCUCCCCCUCAAUGCCUCGUGUGGCUGCCGCUUAUGCACCGACUUGCUAAUGUUGAAAAUGUCUUCCAUCCGGUGGAAUGUUCAUAUUGCCGGAGCGAGAGCAUGAUGGGUUUCCGGUAUCGGUGCCAACAGUGCCACGGCUACCAGCUCUGUCAGAGCUGCUUCUGGCGUGGCCAUGCCAAUGGUCCCCACAGCAACCAGCAUCAGAUGAAGGAGCAUUCAUCUUGGAAGUCUCCGGCCAAAAAGUUGAGCCACGCAAUCAGUAAAUCUUUAGGCUGCGUUCCCAUCGGAGAGCCGCCACAUCCUGUGUUCCCCGAGCAGGCCGAGAGACCACAGGAACUCACCCAUACUGUUCAGCCGAAACCAGUGGCCAACAACAUGAACGACACAAUGCUCAUGUCCUCUGGGGCACCUACUCCUACCAAAAGUGUGUUGGAGAGUCCCAGCCGGCUAGAUGAAGAGCACCGCCUCAUCGCUCGCUAUGCCGCCCGCCUGGCAGCCGAGGCCAGCAACUCCACACAACAAUGUCCUCCGUCAGAUCUGAGUUUUAACUUCGAUGCCAAUAAGCAACAGAGACAGCUCAUCGCAGAACUGGAGAACAAAAACAGGGAGAUCCUCCAGGAGAUCCAGCGGCUGCGUUUGGAGCACGAGCAGGCCUCUCAGCCGACCCCAGAAAAAGCCCAACAGAACCCAACACUUCUGACGGAGCUGCGGCUCCUCAGACACAGGAAGGACGAGCUGGAGAGGCGCAUGUCAGCCCUGCAGGAGAGCAGACGGGAGCUGAUGGUGCAGCUUGAGGGACUCAUGAAGCUGCUAAAGGAUGAGGAGCAGAAGCAGGCUUCCCAGUCUGGAGGCUCCCCUCAUUCUUCCCCCAGUCACGGUGCGGGCUGCUCCAUGCCCAUGCCCAUACGCUCCACCUCGGCUGGGUCCACCCCAACCCACACGCCGCAGGACUGCCUGGCAGGGGUGGGAGGGGACGUGCUCGAGGCCUUUGCUCAGGGUGUACCUAGAAAUCUUCGAAAUGAUCUCUUAGUUGCUGCUGAUUCAAUCACGAACACAAUGUCAUCACUGGUGAAAGAGCUCCACUCAGUGGACGACGGGGGGGACGAAGAGGAGACCAACAUGAGGAAUGGUGGGGACAGAGCUGAAGCAGAAUGAACAACAAAAAGCACAGUAAGAGUACCGAAGCACUAAGGAAAAGGCGACACUAUUCCGCCCUGUAAGGACAUACAGUCAUCAACCGGGAAGAAUCAACAACAACAACAACGACGACGAGCCCUGGCAUUAGCACGUAGAGUAAUGCAUGCUGUAAUCUAACAGGAUUUCACUAUGUGAAAAAAACAAAAAAACAAAAAACAUUUCUCACGCCUUGCAGGUAGCAAGGUGUGUCUAAUUAGCGAGCGUGUAUGUUGUCCUGUAAACAAAAAAAACUGCGAUUUCCUUCAUGACUGCUAAAGAAUGGCUUGCUGUGCUUUCUCCUCCAAUUGUUCCAUUGCAGCAGAUCAUUCUGUAUAUAAAACACUGUAAACACACGACCAUGGGAAUGCCCCGACACAAAGGUGACCUCCUGUCACAACACGUUCCCGUUUUGUCAUUGCUUUUGUAUGAUUAGUGCUAGUAUUACUAUUUUUUCUUUAUUUAUUUUGGAUCAUUUUUGCAUGAAGUUGCACUCGUGUGGAUUUAGAUACUGUACCAUGCUAUGCCAGCUCUUUGUGGGUUUAUGACAGCUCGGGUGUCAAAAGUGUCUUGCCUCAGAAAUCAUGCUGAGUGUGUUUACUCGCACAUCCGUAUUCUGAAGUUUGGCGAAGAAAGUUUGAAAAAGCAGACUUCUUAGGAGAGUUUUGACAUCUCCGCAAGAAUCCUGGGCAACAAGGAAGUCAUUGCACACAGCCAAGAAACCGCAGAGCAAGUCAUCCCCUGCAACACACAACUCAUCUUGAAAUCUUUAAAACUGCUAUUUGAUUAUUUAAUUAUAAACUGUUUUUUUUUUUUUUUUACUUUUGCAACGAGCCAGGCUAAUUGUUUAGCCCUGUUUCCAGACUUUAUGCUAAGCUAUGCUAAUCAUCUCCUGGUGGUUCAAACCACCAGGUUUGGUUUUUUUUUCCUAAUUUAUUUAUUUUAUUUGAAAGAAAUCUUGUUCAAUAUUAAACAUAAAUGUUAUCAUCUAAUGUAUUAUUCAGGAAUUAGCUUAAACCAAAUUUUCAAACCAAGAAGUUGCAGUUUUACGGGAUUUUACUGGACUGUUUCUUGGCCUACAGUGUCUUCCUAGUAUCUUUGUUGAAAGAUGUUGAAGGGAGUUUCCCGGGCAAAAUAACCCACAUAAAACCACAACGAGUCAUUUUUACAUGAUACUAUUUGUUUUUACACAAAUUAAAAAAGGAGGAGAUAUUGCCAGGCUCCUGUUUCCAGUCUGUAUGUUGAACUUAUACACGUGUCCAGACGUGUAUUACAGUAUUGAUCAUCUUAUCUAACCCUCGGCAAGAAGGAAAUUGUUUAACCAUUCCUUUAAUCAUUACAAAAAAAAAAAAAAAAAAUUAACAGAUAACUUAAUAGUUUGAGUUUGUUCCUGCUGUUUGCAUAAUGUUAAUGUUAAGGUUAAAUAUUAUCUAUUAAUGCAGGGAUGUCUGUUAAUACAGUAUGAAGACGACUUAGCCAGGGAUAAAAGAAUAUUGUGUGCACGUAAACACACUCACUGAGUCACAAACUAUACUGCUGCUACUGCUCUCAAUGAGCCACCCUUGCAAACAAGAGGGCUGCGCUGUUCAGAGAAACCAACGGGCUACUACGAACAAAAUAAACGAGCCCAGUCUCAAUCUUUUCUCCCCGUGAAAACGUCGCUCGACACACCUGAAUAGCUGGUAGCCUCGAGUAUUUAUUGUUUCAAGUGUAGGUAAGCACCUCAGGAUGUUUAAAUAGUAAUGAACUAGGCACUGAGUUGUAGUCGUGAUUUACAAAACGAACACUUAUACAGUACUUGAGGAUAUAAGAUCGUAGUAAGCAAGUAGGAAAUGCUUUGAUAGCUUUAUUUAGUUAACAAAGGAAUAUUGAAAAUGUUUAUGUGCAAUGAAGGUAGUUGCUCAGGGACUGCAGAGCUACUCAAGUGAAAAAUGGUGGUAAAGUCCUUUAACCCCCACACGUCACCGAUCACUUGCUGAGGGGUUAAAGGUUAAUGAUGAUUAAAUAUGGAGGGUUUAAUUCCAGAAUAUACAUCCAAUGUUAUUUAGAAAUUAGUCCUUCAACCUUCUUGUGAUCCCUGUUGUAAGAUUUGAGUUGAAAUGUCCAAACGUAGGUCAUUUUGCUUCCAUUUCAUCGGUCAUUUUGUUCCAUUUUGGAAUUAAACUCUUUAAAUAGACACAGGAAAAGUACAGCAAGUGACUGAGCGCUGCGUAACGAAUGUGGAUCGUUAGCAGGAGAUAAGUUUUUCUGAAGUGCUACUUGGUGAAGCAUGUUGUUGGAUAUAGUUUGUGUGAUUUUGUGUCUUUCAUGGAAAAGCCAAGUUGUUGCAGAGGUAGCUUUCAAGCAGAAGGUCAGAGAUCAGGUCUAAGUUACCUUCACGCGUUCGUCUUCUGGUUCAGUGUUUUUUUGUCCUUCGUGGUAGCCAUUCAUCCCAAAUGAAAAUGAGCAAUGUUUGCUUUUUAGUGGAUGCAACGUGAUAAAGGUCUGGGAGCAGUUUUAGAGGAAAAUGUUCAGUUGUCAAAGCAAGUUGUGGGUAAAAUUGGACGGAAAUGAAAUGAACUCUUUGCUUUUGACAUUUGUACAGUGAGCAUAUCUUAUAAGCUAAGUAUGAAGUUUCGACAACCUUUCACACUGUGUCAAGAAAAAGAACAAAAAGCGGUUCCCCUGUUGUCGACGUUCUAAAUGUGAUGAUUUCACUCAGUUCUCUUUUCUGCUCUAUGUUAUCAUUAAUGUUCUUACUCUGGUUUACGGUAUUAGUGGAGUAUUCUCGUCUGUGUAAUGAGUUUAUCACAAUGCGGAUACAUCAUUCACCCAAACAUAAACUGAAGUACCGCAAUUCAAAAUGCUGCCGUCGAGAAGCUCGUCCAGAUAAUUCUCGAAAUGCAGCGGUAAAAAAUUUUAACUGUCUUCCCCUUCGUUCUGACCAAGCGUUGGACUUCAGAAGUUUGUCAGAGCUUUGUUUUUCUUCUUUGCGUUUGUGCCUGUAGCUGUUCUGUAAAGUGCUGUAUAAAGUAACAAUUCAGCAAAUAAGACAACCUGUCAGCCUUCAUGUCAGAGUUUUAGCCUGUGACCUUGUCGAGAUUUUAUUUAUUUAUUUAUUUAUUAAAUGUGUUGGGGUGGGGGUUGGGGUGGGGACUGAUGCUCAGCCUUUACAUUUGUGCCAAACUGUUUGCAGACAUUGUGUGUCACAUGAAUUACAGGUAUAUAUCGAAGUAUAUCUGCAUUAGUAUGUUGUUGUUGCCCAUAGUUUAUUCACAGAAUGCCUGGAGAUGUUUUCCCCACUGCUGGAAAACUCAUUUAUUAGGUAAUAAUGACAGAAACACAUUCCAGACAGUCACUGAUGUCAUUUUAGCCAAUGUGGAGGCAAUACAGUAUGCCCUGUCAGACCAAACUCGGGGUGAUACAAAUAAAACACAGGCAGUCACGCAGAGGAGCUUACAUUGUGAUCCUUUUAUCGUUUGCAGCAAGAAGUCGACCUUGAAGACAAAGCUCCCCUGAUGUUAUUUAUCUAUGUAUGUGUUCUGUACGGUUACGCUUCUGGUACACAUUUGUUUCUCAUGUUGAUUUUACAGAACAUAGUUUUAUGUCUCAAAGCCACUGUCUUUUGUAAAUAAAUCAAAUGUGAGAUAUAUUAAAAAGAUUUAAAAUACGGCCGUGAAGAGUCAUGUCGUGGUUGCUGGUUUGGGAUUAAUUAUCACGAAACGUCCCUCAGUCAUCACCAAACAUCACGUCAGUGUUGGAGAGUAACUACACUUCUACUGUAUAAUUUUGAGGUAUUUUCCAGUGAUGUACUGCUGCACUGUAAAAAGAGUAACUGAGUAGAACCACCUC